AUGGAACCCUUAUUCGAAAAUCACCAACUAAACAACCGCCCUAACAGUGCAAAAUACCCAGACCUCAAAGCAUGACGAAAUUUUCGUUCACGUCCUUUCACAGCCGUAAAUAAAAAUCUUGCAGCUCUUCCUUCACGUAAUAAAUCAAAGGCAGAUCCUUCAAAAUCCAAAUCGAAAAACGUUGCCUACUCUCGUGAAGAACUUUAUGACCGUGCCAUGGAAUUUAAAACACAAAUGAACCUCUACAGAGAAGAAAAUCUCAAGCUAAAAACCAAAAUAAAAAUCCUUGAAAAAGAAAAUCGCAAAGAAGACGAAGAAAACGAAAAAGGAAGCUUACUGCACCACUUAAAAAACCAGCUAAAAGAUGCCCAAAAACAAAUAGAAAACAAAGAUUUAGAGAUUUCUGAGCUGAAAAAAGCUUCCAGGGCCACAAGAAUACAGGAAAUGGAGGUGGAAAUAAAAAUGUAUAUUGAUGAGUGCACAAGGCUGAAAAGGAUGCUAGAAGAAGCACUCAGCCAGCUGAGUAUGGGGGUGGUCUCACAAGAUUUGCAGGAAAAAUACUUGCAGCAGUGCAUACAAAUAAAAAAAUUAAAACAGGAAAUUUAUGAUAUGAAUAUGUUUGGGGAUGAAAAAACAUUAGACAGUAAAGGGAAGAAAAAAAGAGAUGGGCUGCUGCUAAAAAUGAAACAGACUAUAUUGGAAACUCGGGACGAAAAUGAAAAAAUCAAGGCGGAAAAUAUGAUUUUGGCUGGACAAUUGAAAAUGAUGAGGGAGCAGUUUAAGUGCCCAAAUUGCCAAUUUUGUGGGGCUGAAGAAAAUAAUAGAGACAUCAAUAUUUUGAUAUGAGAAAUAUGGCAAGCUAUAGAACACAGAAGAAUAAACUUAGAAAAAGCAUGGGAGCUAUUAGAAAUUGCUAAUGUUGAUAUUAACGUCGAUACCUUAAACGAAGCUUUAGAAAAAAUUGGCUUGUAUUUUACCAUUCAAGAGCUCCAGCUCUUUCACAGUGCUUUUCAAAAUUCCCAAAAAAUCUCUUAUGACUCUUUUGUGUCAACGUUAACAAAGCUAAAACCUACAGAACUCAUCACAUAUGAACAAAUAAAAGAUACAAUAACCCAUCUCAGCUACCGUCUACAAGUAAAAAGAUGGACAACUGAACAAGUUCCCCAUAUUUUUUUCCAAGAAUCCCGAUAUUAUACACAAUCAGAAUUUUCUCAAUUAUUACAACAAGAGCCUGUGAUUUUUGACAUAACCCAAGCUGAGCUUUUCAGUAGAUUUGUAUUUGGCUGCUCAGCAAGUCUCCCCUGUGAAGAAUGUAUAGCUAGGCUGUUUGAUAUUUUGGAGCCUUGGGAAGUUUUAAGUGAGGCUAAAGAAUAUGAAUAUGACAGUGAGCUGAGAAAUGUAUUAGGAAAGUAUGGGAUUGAGCUAGAAAAGGUAUGUAAAGAAAUGGAUAAGGAGAAUACAGGGAUUAUUAAUUUAAAGCAGCUAGAAGAAGCAUUGGGAAAAGUUGGGGCUAAAAUGAGUCCUAAUAUUUUUUCAUAUCUGAGGCUUCUUUUUUAUACGGACCAGUACAAGUUUGAUACGGUGCCUUAUAUGAAUUUUUUAAGUGCUUAUUGUGAUAUUAGCUAUUAUUUAAGAGGAGAAAAUACAAUGGAAGGCAGUGGAAUAAGGUGGAGAUAAAGGUUUAUUGGAUCUUGCAGGGAGCUUUUCUAAGUUUUUACUUUCUUAAGAUUUAUUGUGAUAUUAAAGACUAA